AUGCAAGUAUAUGCCUUCUCCUGGCUUCCUUUUUUGCUCGUGCGCUCGCCAGCUCCAGCUCCGCCUCCUCCGCCUCCGCCUCGCCCGCCAGCUCCCGCCGUGAAGGCCCGGCCCUGGCGACUCCAUCUGUCCGUCGCACCUUAUUCCCGCCCCGCCCCCAAAAUCAUCAGGAGGACGGCCCCCCCUCCGAAGAAACUGCGGAUGAAGAGAUCGUCCGCGCUCCCCCCCAGCCCCGAACGCCAGCCCGCCCCAAUCCCCGACGCCGCCGUCCGCGCUCCCCCUCCCCUCCGCGACGCAGGGUCGCUCGGCGGGUGGACUCUCCGCCCCCUCCGCCCCCGCCUAGAACUCCCUCCCCCCCUCGUGACCAAGCCCCGCGGGCACGCUGCCCGAACCCCUGGUGCAGGGGCUGGGCCCACGAGGGCCCAUGUGUCCCGUUCUGCAAGGUCUGCAAAUGCAGACACUGGCCGCGGUGCCCCCUCCCCCCCCGCGACGACAAGGGUGGCCGUGGUCGCGGUGGCCGCCGCGGUCGGCGCGGUCGUGGCCGUGGCCGUUCAGGCCGUCAAGUUGCUAUUACUCAUACCAAUUAUUUUUAAUUAUUAA